AUGAUGGAACAGCUGUUCCAACUUAUACAUUAUCCCAACGAACUAUUGAACGAAGAAGAAAAAAAAAUACCAUUACCAACACCAACAUCUUUCAGUAAUAUAUGUAUUCCUGAUGAACUUAAAAUAACAAAUGGUGGUAGUCGUUUUUUGUUAUAUGAUAAUCAACAUACUGAAAAUAGAAUAAUUAUAUUAUCAUCCGAUGAUGAUCUUGAUCGUUUAUCAAAUUUUGAUCAUUGGCAUAAUGAUGGAACAUUUAAGUUAUACACUAUACAUGGCUUUAUUUGUGGUCGGUCGUUAUCAUCUGAUUAUUGUAUUAUUUCUGGAAAAUCUGAACAUUUAUAUGGUGAAGUAUUUGAUGUCAUCUUGCAACAUGUAUCUGGUCGUCCAAAAUCAAUUACUAUUGAUUUCGAAAAAGCAGUUACAAAUGUAAUCAAACAUAAAUUACCAACAACAACAAAUCUUGGUUUACAACAAUUAUUUAAUGAUAAUUCUGAAGUUAGACGAUAUUUAAAAACUUUUGGUUGCUUGUCGUUGAUUCCUGAACCAUCUGUAACAGCUGAAUUUGAAAAAAUUCAAGCUGAUUCUCCAGAUUCAAUAAAUGGCAUAAAAUUUUUUUAUCAUUGA